CAGUCUCCUCUCUGCUUUAGUGGAUACAAAUACGAAACUAGAACGAAAUGCUGAUACCUUGAUGAAUAUUCCGUUUAAAAACAAAUACAAUAUGGCAAUAGCUUUGGUCCAUGGUUGUCUUCCUAGGAUUAUUUUAUAUGUGUUGUUUUUCUUUGGGAGUAUAGCCGACGGGCAGGUUGUGUAUUCAGUGUCGGAGGAGGCAAACCCGGGAACAACAGUCGGUAACCUUGCAAAGGAUUUUAACCUGAAUUUACAGGAUUUACAUAAUCGAGGAUUUCAACUAGUAACUGGAACAAAUACGAGGUAUUUCGAUUUAAAUACAAAAACUGGAAUUCUUCAUAUUAAAGACAGAAUCGAUAGAGACGAACUGUGCGGACGGAGCUUGAAAUGCUGUCUCCCUUUGGAAGCUAUUAUUAACGUGCCAUUAAACGUUUACCGUUUUGAAGUAAACAUUAUAGAUAUAAAUGAUAAUACACCUACAUUUCGCUCUCCUGUGAAAUAUUUUAAUAUAUCAGAGUCGGCAUUUCCAGGGGAAAGAUUUCCAUUGCCGAAUGCGUUUGACGCGGAUGUGGGCAGUAAUUCGGUAAAGAGCUACAAACUGAGUGCGAAUGAACACUUUUCUCUGGAUGUUCAGAGCGGAGGAGAGCAAAGUGUGUCUGCUGAAUUGGUGCUGCAGAAAGCUUUAGAUCGAGAAAAACAACCAGAGAUCCAGCUCACAGUGACCGCUGUAGACGGAGGAAAACCUCCAAGGUCAGGGACGAUAAAUCUAAUUGUUAAUAUUGAGGAUGUGAAUGAUAACAUUCCAGUGUUCAGUAAACCACUAUUGAAAGCUCGAGUCGUAGAAAACGCACCGCUUGGCACCUCCGUAAUUGAAGUUCACGCCAGUGACCCAGAUGAAGGACUAAACGGUGAAAUCGCAUAUUCAUUAGUGAGCCAAGAUAGCGAUAGUAAUGUAGAUGCAUUCUCGAUAGAUUCUGAAACCGGGCUUAUAACAGUGAAAGGCACUGUAGACUAUGAAAGAGGUGCUGCUGUUGAAAUUAGAGUACAAGCUAAAGACAAGGGCCUUAAACCACGAGCCGCAUACUGCAAAGUGUUGGUGGAGAUAAUGGACAUAAAUGACAAUACACCUGAAAUUUCUGUUACCUCCUUAGUAAAUACUGUUAAGGAGGACGCAGCUAAUGGUACAGUGGUUGGUAUGAUAACUGUACUGGAUACUGAUGCGGGAAAGAAUGGGGAAAUUCAGCUUAAGGUUCACGAUAUGUUGCCAUUCAAAGUUCAGAACUCGUACAAUAAUUAUUAUACUUUAGUUGUUAACGGGCCUUUAGACAGAGAGCGCGCAUCUGAGUAUAACGUGACUAUCACAGCUACAGAUGAAGGGACUCCGCCUCUCUCUAGCACCAGUGUCAUUACUAUACACGUUUCUGAUGUGAAUGACAACGCGCCGCGCUUUCCAGAGCCCAUCAUUAAUGUUUAUGUGAAAGAGAACAGUCAGAUUGGAGCUGUUAUUCAUACAGUAUCUGCUUUUGAUCCUGAUGUAGGUGAUAAUGCCCGAAUAACAUAUUCUUUAGUAGAAAGCUCGAAAAGCGGUCCGGUAACAUCCAUGAUCAACAUAAACUCUGAUAGUGGAGAUAUACACAGUUUACAGUCGUUUAACUAUGAGGAGAUAAAAAAGUUUGCGUUCAAAGUUCAGGCCACAGACUCUGGUGUUCCUCCGCUCAGCAGUAACGUGACUGUAAAUGUUUUUAUCCUGGAUGAGAAUGACAACAGUCCCGGGAUUCUCGCGCCCUAUUCCGAGCUCGGUUCCGUUAACACGGAGAACGUUCCCUAUUCUGCUGAUGCGGGCUACUUUGUGGCCAAGAUCAGGGCUGUAGAUGCAGAUUCUGGUUACAAUGCGCUGCUGUCUUACCACAUCUCUGAACCCAAAGGAAACAAUCUGUUCCGAGUCGGAACCAGCAGCGGGGAGAUCAGGACUAAGAGGAGAAUGAGUGACAAUGACCUGAAAACUCACCCGCUGGUCAUUUUGGUUUGUGAUAACGGAGAGCCCUCACUGUCAGCGACUGUGUCUAUCGAUGUUGUGGUUGUUGAAAGCACAGGUGACGUCAAGACCACAUUCAGACAUGCGCCGAUAAAGGAGGAGAGUUUCUCGGAUUUAAAUCUGUAUUUGCUGAUCGCCAUUGUGUGCGUGUCCGUCAUCUUUUUACUGAGUCUCAUCGGUUUGAUGGCUGUAAAAUGCCACAGGACAGACGGGAAUUUGGGCCGGUACAGCACCCCGAUGAUCACCACUCAUCCUGACGGUAGCUGGUCCUACUCCAAAUCUGCUCAGCAGUAUGACGUGUGUUUUAGCUCGGAUACACUGAAGAGUGACGUAGUGGUUUUUCCUGCCCAAUUUCCGCCUGCAGAUGCAGAACUGAUCAGUAUUAAUGGAGGAGACACUUUUACCAGAACACAAACACUUCCUAAUAAAGAAAAGGUAAGAUAACUUAAUACAGUAUUU